AUGUCCAAAUUAAAAGACGUCCUUCUCGGGAAGUCGUCCUCCGACCCUGCCGAGGUCAAACUUGUGCGCAAGAUCGACUGGUUCGUUCUUUCCUUCUGUUGCCUACUUUACUGGGUUAAUUACUUGGACAGACUCAAUCUCUCCAAUGCAUACGUCAGUGGAAUGAAGGAGGACUUGAAUAUGGAGGGGAACCAGUUCAACCUCAUCAAUACGUGUUUUAAUAUCGGGUAUAUCGUUGCGUUGAUUCCCCACAACUUGAUUCUUCUCAAAAUACGCCCCAGAUACUGGCUUUCGUUUUGUUGUGUUUCCUGGGGCUUACUCACGCUUUCUUUAUACAAAGCAACUGGCUAUAAAUUUUUGUGCGUGGUGAGGUUCUUCCAGGCUAUGUUCGAAGCGCUGACGUUCACAGGGUGCCAUUUGCUCUUAGGGUCAUGGUACACCGAAGAAGAGCUUGCGAAAAGAGCCGCCAUUUUCACGUCGUCGGGGCUUUUGGGAAACAUCUUCUCGUCAACCAUGCAGUCUGCCAUCUACACGAACAUGGACAUGAAAAACGGUCUUGCAGGGUGGCGCUGGCUCUUCAUCAUCGACUUCUUGAUCACUGUGCCCAUUGCCAUUUACGGACUCAUCUUUUUUCCCGACACUCCCGAUACAUGCAAGGCUUUUUAUUUCAAGGACGAGGAGAUCAAGUUGGCUUUGCAACGAGUUAAGCCGAGACCGCAUACAAAGCUUGACUGGACUGUUGUCAAGCGUGUUUUGGGCCGUUGGCACUGGUGGAUGUUCUCGUUCCUUUGGGUUCUUGGGGGCGAGAAUGAAUCGUUUGCUUCAAACUCGCUUUUUUCGCUCUGGCUACAAUAUUUCGGAUAUACUGUGCCGCAGCGGAAUCACUAUCCAAUGGGUGUCUUUGCUAUGGGCAUUUUGGCCAACUUUGUCUUGUGCUACUAUAUUGACAUAACUCACGGCAAGUACCACUAUAGAGCGGGUUUAGUGAUCGCUGCGUUUGUGCUUUUAUCGGCCAUUUUGUUAACUGCAAGACCUUUAGACAAAAGCUUUGUUUUCGCCUCCCAUUACUUGAGCGCAUGGUCAUUUGCCGGCCAGCCGGUGUUUUUCUCUUGGGCCAAUCUCGUGACCUACAACGAUGUCCAGGAGCGUGCUGUGGUGCUAGCAUCCAUGAACAUGAUGAGUAAUGCCGUCAACGCAUGGUGGUCUUUGCUUUUCUAUGCCGCGGACACUGCACCGGAAUUCAAGAAGGGUUGUUAUGCAAUGAUCGCCACUGCAAUCGCCUCCGCAGUGACUGUAGUAUUCAUCAGAUACUUGCAGCUUAGGGAUAAACGCGAAAAGCCCCAAGAUACUAUUUUGGAAGAUGCAGUGGAUGGAAAAUCCGAGGACAUAGUGCUUGAGCAGACUUGUGAGAUGUACUGA